AUGCAGAAUUUGUUAUUGCGUGUUAUUACAAUGUUCAGAGCUGUUCAGGUUGUGAAGCAUGGAGGACCCGAAAUGAUGAAGAUUAUUUCCAAUGCCGAGCUUCCGCGUAUCACAUCAAGCCAGAUCCUUGUCAAGAUUCACUAUGCGGCUGUUAAUCCGGUCGAUACUUAUAUACGUGAAGGAUGGCACACACAGGCUCGUCCAUGCCCUUAUACUCCGGGUUUGGAUUGUUCGGGAGAUGUGAUUUCUGUGGGAAGUGACGUGAAAGGAUUCAAGGUGGGAGAUCGUGUUUACUCCUGUGGAUCUGUAUCGGGAACAUACGCUACACACGGAGUCUUUUCUCCGGAUCAGUUGUAUUUGCUUCCUAAGGAGUGUAGUUACAAAAGUGGUGCCUGCUUUGGCACUGGAUAUUUUACGUCUCUCUAUGCCAUCCAAUGCACACGACAGAUGAAGGACCGAACCUUCUUUAUCCAUGGCGCUUCCGGAGGCGUGGGAACCAGCAUUGCAAAGAUUCUGCUCAGUCUCCGUCAAACCGAUCCGCAAUUCAAGAAUAUCCAGAUCGUCGCUAGUUGCUCUACAGAACGCGCAGAACAAUAUUUGACCCGCUUGGGAAUCGAUCUUGUGGUGAACCGAACCGAUUCCACGUAUAUGGAGAAGGUUCAUGCAGUGAAUGGAGGGAACGGUCCCGAUGUUAUUUUCGAAAUGCUGGCGAACGUAAAUCUCCAGAAAGACUUAGAAAUCAUAAACAAAAAUGGCGAGAUUUUGGUCAUUGGAAACCGCGGGACUAUCGAAGUGAAUCCCCGCGACAUGAUGGUGAAGGGAUCCACGGUGCACGGAGUGAUGCUUUUUAACCAGACCGUAUUUUUUUGUUUCGUGAAUCGAGCGUAG